AUGUACGAUUUAACAGACGAGCAAGUUUAUUUAAAUAAAGCAGUUGAAUUUGGGGAUUUAUUAAUGUAUGCUUUUUCAGAUAAAUAUCCUUUUCCUGCACGUUUUAUAAACACUGUUGGUAGAGAUACAGGAGAUAUUAUUAUAUGCAUUUCAUUAGCGCCACUAGGAACAUUCUCUUUGGAAUUUGCUCGUCUUUCAGAUUUAACAGGUGAUAACAAAUAUAUAAAAAAAAUCAAUAUUGCAAUAGAUACACUUAAUCAAAUGAAAACAACUUAUGAUGGUUUGUUCCCAUGUUCAAUUUCAAGAGAUGCAAAAAGAUUUUGUAGUUCAUUAAUAUCAAUUGGUCGUCAAGGUGACUCUUAUUAUGAAUAUCUUUUAAAAAUGUGGAUCUAUACAGAUGGCGAAGAGGAAAAGUAUUCAAGAUAUUUCGAAACCUCAGCAGAUUUAAUAAUCGAACACCUAUAUAGAGACAAUGUAUUGUUGGUAAACGAGGAUCAUCUUACCUGUUUUGUUGAUGGUAUGUUUGCAUUGGCAGCUGCUGUCAAUAUUACUGGGAAUGACCAAAAGAAUGAAAUCUAUAUGGAAGUCGGUAGAGAAGAAUAA